UCUGAAACGUGUGACCUGUCUCUGGCCUUGUGCAGCGCCGCAGGUAGCAGGACCGUAUGCAGGCGGUGGUAGGAUUAGAUAACUAAGUAGCAAUAGUGCACAAACCUGACAGGUCUGCAAGUGAAGAAGGAAUUGAUAAAGAGCGGAGUUGCCACAAUGCUUAAAUGUAGAACCGUGUGGAGAAAGCUUGCUCCUCUUGCCAGAGCCUCGUCAACACUUUGUCGGCAAAAUGUAAAGAGAACAGGUUUGCACAAUGCCAGACUACCUGCACAUGUACCUACGGCUCAUAUGGCGACAGGGCCUGCAAGGGGCGGUGGGGAAAACCAGCUGUAUGUCCUUUUAGUUGGGGCAACCUGCCUUGGUGGAGCAAUAUACACAUACAGAACUGUUAAAGGAGACCAGCAUCGAUAUGAGGAGCGAAUUGCAGAAAUUGAAUCUCGACCACAUCGAAGCACCAAAGAAGCAACCACUACCGUCCAGAUGGAAGCUCCUGACGUUCCUGAAUCAGAAGCUCAAGCCACACCUUCGCCAGAAGAGUCGAGCCCUCCUGCGCCUGAUGCUGAGACAGCAGCCCCAAGUGAGACGACUGAACCUCCACAAGAGCCCUCCCCGCUGUCCGAGCCAGGCCCAGGCGAACAAACCGACCCGUCCCCGGCGACUGAACCCGCAGCAGCUGGAAGCCCUGCAGCAGAGCCGUCUGAGCCGCAGGCUGAUGUGACAGAAAGUGCUGCAGGACUCGACACUGCACAGCCCUCACUGACUCUGCCGUCACACGCCCCCUACCUCCUCAUUGGCGGAGGCACUGCCUCCUUUGCUGCUGCCCGCUCUAUUCGAGCCAGAGACCCCGGCGCCCGCGUUCUGAUUGUGACGGACGAGCCGGACCUCCCGUACAUGAGACCGCCUCUGUCCAAAGAGCUGUGGUUCUCCGAUGACCCCGCUGUGACAGAUACACUACGUUUCAAGCAGUGGAAUGGAAAAGAACGAAGUAUCUACUUCCAACCACCAUCGUUUUACAUUACUCCGGAGGAACUGAGUAAUGCAGAAAACGGAGGCGUGGCUGUUCUCACAGGCAAAAAGGUUGUUCACAUGGAUGUGAGGGGAAACAAAGUAAAACUAGACGACGACACAGAAAUUUCAUACGACAAAUGCUUGAUUGCUACAGGUGGUGUUCCAAGAAAUUUGCAAGUCAUCGACCGAGCAGGAGAGGACGUGAAGCAGAGGACAACUUUGUUCCGUAAGAUUGAUGACUUCCGAUCCUUAGAUAAAAUCUCCAGGACCAUCAAGUCCAUCACAAUCAUCGGAGGCGGCUUCUUAGGCAGCGAGCUGGCCUGUGCCCUUGGCAGGAGAUCUCACGAUUCCGGUCUGGAGGUCAUACAGAUGUUCCCCGAGAAGGGCAACAUGGGCAAAGUUCUGCCCGAGUAUCUCAGCAACUGGACGACCGAAAAAGUCAAAACAGAGGGUGUAAAAAUCAUCUCAGAAGCUCUCGUCAAGUCCGUGACAUGUAAUGAGGAUCAGUUAGAAAUAAAACUAAAGGAUGGUCGAUUGGUAAAAACUGACCACGUCGUUGCAGCUGUUGGGCUGGAGCCCAAUGUUGACCUUGCCAAGUCUGCAGGUCUGGAGGUGGACUCAGACUUUGGCGGUUAUCGUGUCAAUGCAGAGCUGCAAGCUCGGUCCAACAUUUGGGUGGCGGGAGACGCCGCCUGCUUCUACGACAUAAGGCUGGGCCGCAGACGGGUGGAGCACCACGACCAUGCUGUUGUCAGUGGCCGACUGGCCGGGGAGAACAUGACGGGAGCCAACAAGCCUUACUGGCAUCAGUCUAUGUUCUGGAGUGACCUGGGUCCUGACGUCGGAUACGAGGCCAUCGGGAUUGUGGACAGCAGUUUGCCCACUGUGGGGGUCUUUGCCAAAGCCACAGCCAAGGAUACACCAAAAGCUGCCACCGAGAAGUCAGGAACUGGCAUCCGCUCAGAGAGUGAAACGGAGGCCGUGGCAUCGAGUGCCGUGGCCUCCCCUACACCUGCUCCCGCCGUGAUGCACAAAGACGACUACGGCAAAGGAGUCAUCUUCUACCUGCGAGACAAAGUGGUGGUGGGCAUCAUCCUGUGGAACGUUUUCAAUCGGAUGCCCAUCGCGAGAAAGAUUAUCAAGGAUGGAGAGGAACAUGCAGACCUAAAUGAAGUUGCCAAGCUGUUUAACAUCCACGAGGAUUAGGACUUUGGAGACCAUUGGCAAUGGAGUGAAACAUUUUGUGAACUUUGUCCUUUACAAUAGCUGAACGUUUCUGGAAAUUGUAUCAUUUCACCAAAUUAUUUUCAUACUACAGUUGAAAUUUCAAAGUAUUGACCAGAAUUCCUUACUCCCGUGCAAUUUGUCCCCGCCCUAAAAAAAAAGAAAGCACUGUUUCGCCUUGGUACAAACAUUUCUCUCUCAAACUCCUGGUCACAGUGUCAUGGUCACACAACAUGGCGUCGCAGCAGCUUGUUGAGAGAAAGCCUGAAAUAAAAUCUAUUUUUAAA